UGAAAUGUCCUUGACUCGGCGAGCCUUUAUAAAGGGCCUGCAGCUGGAAUUAUGGCCAAAGUUCUUCAUUAUGGCCUGCAAAGUAAUGUCGGAACAUCAUGAAAUCACGUCAAUUUUUUAUAAAUAUCAAGUAUGGUAUUUCAUUUUUCUGGGCGUGUGGCAAGUGCCGAGGCAUGCCACACGCUGCCAGCGCUGGUUGCAUCAACUGCGCUUUUGCCUCAUCCUCAGCAUUGUGGCCAUCAUGUUGCUCUUCUUUGCGAUACGUGUGCUGGCCAACAUCGACCAAUUGAAUGUCAUUCUGGAAGUAUUCUUCAUGUUUGCCACCGAGGUGUCGUGCAUGUCCAAGUUGCUGAGCAUUAAGCUGAGGAAUCGUCAACAUGCCCGGCUCAUUGAGGCAAUGCAUUCGUCGUGCUUUCGCCCUGGCUCCAAGAAGGAGGCGUUGAUAUUUCGCAACGGCGCAGAGCGUUCCAUCAAAUGGCGCAAUUUCUAUGCCUACACAUCGCUGUUGGCUGCCAGCCUGAUCCUGGUUAUGCAAUGGUUCGUCGACAACAAUGCCCUGCCCCUGUCCAUGUACGAGCCGUGCAAUCUGCUCAGCUCCGGCUGCUACUAUGGCCUCUAUUUCUAUCAGGUGAUGUCGCUGAUGCCCACCUGCUGGCUGAACAUUGCCUUUGACUCGAUCGCUUCUUCGUUGCUCUACUUUCUGGAGACGCAACUGGCCAUGUUGGCCUCCCAUCUGGAGAACUUGGGCGCGGCCGUAACAGACGAGGAUAAUCUGAGAAUAAGUCGGGAAUUGCGCAGCUGUUGCAUUCACUAUGCUCGCAUUUUUCAGCUAAAGGAUCUCAUCGAUGGCUUCAUUAAGGUGCCUGGCUCGGUGCAGAUGCUCUGCUCCGUUUUAGUGCUCGUCUCCAAUUUCUAUGCCAUUUCGAUUAGGACGAAGGAAACUGCGUUUAUGAUCAUGAUGGCAUCGUAUCAAUUUGUUAUGUUGCUGCAAAUCUUCAUUAUUUGCUAUUCGGCCGAUGAGAUGAGCUAUCAGAGUGCAAUACUAUCUCAUUCACUAUAUAGCUCCGAUUGGACCUCUUGGAACAAGAGUAAUCGGAAAUUGGCUUUGAUAAUGAUGUUGCGUUUUAGUAAGCCGCUGCAUAUGCAUACAUUGAAUCACUCUCAGUGCUUCAAUUCUACUACUUUUUCAUCCAUUGUGAACUGCUCCUACAGCUAUUUCGCUUUGCUCAAGCGUGUGAACAGUUAAAUUUGCCGCCAAUCUUUGAAUUUUAAACGCUUAUCGAUAAGCGAUAAGUUGACGCUACUAUUGAUAUUCAUUGCUACUUUAGUUUUUAAGUUCAUUUUUAGCACGUUUUUGUAGCAGCACAAUAAAUGCACUAAAAAAUGCCGUUUUACUCAA